GAGUUUGAAUGUUGAAGCGGAAAGACGCGAAAGACAAGGACAGGAUACAGCGCUUUUAAGGUACAUUGAAGACCUGGCUCAUUUUAGUUGAUUUUACAUUUUUAUGAAAUUGCUAGAUGUUUUAAUUUGAACGUUUGUUCUCAUUAAUUUAAAAACUCAUAACGUCCCUGCAUGGUUUCUCUAAAUCAGAUAUAAGUUUAAAUAAGCUGUCAAAACUCAAAACAGCUGACAUCAUGGAUGAGACCACAGCAUCUGUGGAUAGAUCUAGAGAGACCAAUAAGACCUACAUAAUAUCAGAACCCUCGAAAGAGAAUGACUCGAGUACAAGACUAACUCUCCAAAGGAGAAAAACUGAGAAUAAAGACACAGGGAAAGGCGAACAGUCGGACACAUCCAACGCUGAAAACCAAAUGCAGGCUCCCCAAAAGAGGUUGACUUUGAAGCGUAGAACGAGAACAGGAUCGAUUGGCAAAACACCAAACACUUCUCGGGCAAAACCAAGUUACCGAGGGCCUAGUGGUGCCGAAUCUCGACAGUCUAAGAUCCUCUCGGAGCCAAACAGUCGUACACCUCGUGCUUCAAGUGUCCUGCGCUCAGGUAGCGUCCGAGAAAGUGUGUUCAAAACCCCAGCGAAGGACGCUUCAGCAAGUCGAACAAACACGCUAGCACAAGUCAGUGGACGAGCCCCAAGGUUUACACAGAAACUAUCAGCAGAGAUCACUACUAAAAUGGAUAUUUCAAAGUCAGACGGUCAGAGCAGUACAGUUUCAACCCCUACCAGAACAACACAGUUUGGCAAAAUUAGUGUAAAGAAAGAAGUCUUCGAGCGCUUGGCCGGGAAGGACGCCAACAAGACUGUGUCAUCCAAAUCUGCAAGUUUGGAGAGACACAUGACUGCAUCGCAGGUGACUUCAGCGUAUGGAAAACCCGGUGCAUCAAGGCCAAUCAACAAACUGCCAAUCUCCAGUCAGAACAGAAUGCCAACUAAUACCCCACGCACAAUACAGGCCGCCAAAUCCAUGACCUCUAGUAGCUCAAGUCACAAUGGAGCUUUGAGGUCCAGGGCAUCAGCAGAAACGGCAUCAGUUGCUGAGUCUACCGCUCAAGGUACUGAACUCACACAGGACUCCUUCAAGAUGGAAAACAGUGCAGUGACUGUGGCUGUAAGAGUGAGGCCUUUCAGCAGCAGAGAACAGAAGGAGAAUGCUACCCAAGUCAUCUUCAUGGAUAAUCAUGAAACUGUUGUUCAUCACCCCGACUCGAAACGAUUUACAUUUUCAUUUGACUUCUCUUUCUGCUCCAUCGAUGAAACAGAUCUUAAUUUUGCCAGCCAGCAAAUAGUGUACGAAAAAUUAGCCAAACCUCUCCUAGAAAGAGCAUUUGAGGGUUUUAACACUUGCCUAUUCGCCUAUGGCCAAACGGGAUCUGGAAAGUCAUACACCAUGAUGGGAUUUGGAGAAGAGGUUGGGGUGACACCAAGAUUUUGUGAGGAACUUUUUUCCAGGCUUCCAAAGGAUCACAGUAAAGAGAUUACUUGUCAUUUGGAGAUGAGCUACUUUGAAGUGUACAAUGAAAAGAUCCAUGAUUUGCUCAUCGUGAAGGAUGAACAAAAUCAGAAAAGGUUGCCGCUAAGAGUUCGUGAGCAUCCCAUUCAUGGACCCUAUGUUGCUGACCUCUCCACGAAUGUGGUGAGCUCCUAUGCAGACAUUCAGGGUUGGCUAGAGCUGGGCAAUAAACAGAGAGCCACUGCGGCCACAGGCAUGAAUGACAAGAGCUCCAGGUCUCACUCAGUCUUCACCCUGGUUCUGACUCAGACUAAGACAGAGUUAGUGGAAGGGGAAGAGCAUGACCACACCAUCACCAGCCGGAUAAAUCUGGUGGAUCUGGCUGGCAGUGAGCGCUGUGCAUCUGCCCAAACCAGUGGAGAUCGGCUACGGGAGGGAGCCAGCAUCAACAAGUCUCUGCUAACCCUGGGAAAGGUCAUCUCUGCGCUGUCCGAACAGGCCCAGACCAGGAAGAAGGUCUUCAUCCCUUACAGGGAGUCGGUCCUCACGUGGUUGCUGAAGGAGAGUCUGGGCGGUAACUCAAAGACGGCCAUGAUUGCCACGCUCAGUCCGGCCGCCAACCAUGUGGAGGAGAGCCUGAGCACGCUGCGCUACGCCAAGCAGGCCCGCAUGAUCAUCAACGUGGCCAAGGUCAACGAAGACACCAACGCCAAACUCAUCAGAGAGCUGAAAGCGGAGGUGGAUAAACUCAGGGCGGCCCAGAUGAGCACACGGGGCAUCGAACCAGAGAAGAUGCGGCUGUUUCAGCAGGAGAUCGUGGCCCUCAAGAUGCAGCUCACGCAGCAAGAGAGGGAGAUGGCUGAGGUUCACCGUUCUUGGCGAGAGAAGCUGGAACAGGCUGAAAAACGGAAAAAAGAAGAGGCCAAAGAGCUACAGCGGGCGGGCGUCACCUUUAAGGUAGACAACCGUCUCCCCAACCUCGUCAACCUGAAUGAAGACCCUCAGCUGUCAGAGAUGCUCUUAUAUAUGAUCAGGGAGGGACAGACCAAGGUCGGCCGGCUGAAGUCCGAGUCCGCCCACGACAUUCAGCUGUCUGGGGCACUCAUCGCGGAUAACCACUGUGUCAUUUCCAAUGUAAAUGGAACAGUCAGCAUCUUGCCUAUGGAGAAUGCCAAGACCUUCGUGAAUGGGAACCUUGUGUCCGAAUCCACUGUCCUUCACCAUGGCGACAGGGUGAUCCUCGGUGGCGAUCACUACUUCCGCUUCAACCACCCCACAGAGGUCCAGAGUGGGAAGCGGGUGUCCUGCUGGUCCAGUGCUGGAGAUGGCCACAAGGACUUCGAGUUCGCCAAGAACGAGCUUCUAGCCGCCCAGAGGGCCAAGCUGGAGGCUGAGAUUGAAGAGGCACGACUCAAGGCCAAAGAGGAGAUGCUGCAGGGCAUCCAGGUGGCCAAAGACAUGGCACAGAAAGAGCUCAUCUCGCAGAAGCAGCUCUACGAGGAUAGGAUCAAAACUCUAGAGAAGGAACUGGAGGAGGAGAGCCAGCGGAAGAGGAGGCAGGAGCUGGACAGUCAGAAGGUGGCAAGCAAGAUAGAGGAGCUCAAGACCGCCAAGUCCAUGCUGGAGCAAGAAGUCAGUACCCACAAGAAACGGCUCCACAUGGAAGCCCAGUCAACCCGACAGGCCAUGGCAGACCAUGACAUAAGGCAUGCCAAAAUCAUCGAGGCUCUUGAAGCCGAGAAGAGGAAGAUUGCGGAGGAAUUUGCUGAAAUCCAGAGGAAACGGGUCCUCAGGACAAAUCACACUCCAAAAACUGAAACCCUUAGUGUUGGCUCAGUUCCCGCUGCGUCUUCAGCUCCGCCACAGUGGGAUGCUAUGAAGCUGUCGCUGAUGAUCGAGGAGGCCAACGCCAUCAGCAAAAAGCUGAGGAAGCACACCAUUUUCAGCAGGCAUGAAGUGUCAGAGCAGGGGUGUGGAGACGGAGAGCUGCAGGUCCAGCUCCAGAAUACCAAGCUGGGCAUCUCCACCUUCUGGAGCCUGGAGAAGUUCCAGAGCAACCUGGCAGCCAUGAGAGAGCUGGACCAGGGGGAGCGAGCCUCCAAAGACGACGAUGUGUUUUAUGACCCCAAUGAUGAGUGGGAACAAGAUAUAUCGGCCUCUUCCACUGCCUCCUCCCUCUCUCGACGGAGAAGUAGGAGUUUGCUGAAAGGCAGGAGGAUCUCAGGGCGACUGUACGAGAUCCGGGUCCACCCCAUCCAGAGCCUGAACAGCCCGGCACCGCAGUCCACUGUGGGACUCAUGGGAAUGAAAAAGCCCCCGUCCCAACUCUCUAGCACCUCAGACUCAGCCCUGCCAGGCAUCAGCAAGGACCUGAUUGGCCAAGCAGUUGCAAGGUUGCGGGAGUGUCACCAUGGCGACGAGAGCGUGGCUGACAGGCUGACUUCUGACUUGCUGAGCAUCCACUCUGCGGUGAAGUCCAUUUCCACGCUCUACCAUCAACUCGAUGAUGACAGCCCAGAGAACAUGUUUGUGUACAAUGUUGAGGCCCAGACCCAGCUGGUGAAGGGCACUCUGGCCAUGGAGAGGGCCGUGUCCUCCACGCUCAUCUGGGUGUCCAGCAUCAAGCCGUGCGGCGGCGCACUAUUCCUCGCUGCAGAGGAACUCAAGACCGAAGUGAAGAAAAUGGGGGGCUACUUUCAGCUUCUCAUUCAGGGCUGUGACUCUGAGAUCACAUCCAUGGUGAUCGAGGCCCAGAGUAAGAUGGGUCAGUGUUUGAGUGCAGCCCUGCGCGCCGUUGGCCACCUCUCGGUUCUCACAGGGACGGAGAUGCACGUGGUGGAGCUGGGCUCUGAUGCCGUAGGCAAGUGUCCCCCACUGGAAUCUCUUCUGGAUGGCACCAGCAGAGGUGUUCGUGGUCUCUUGGAGGAAGGACUCAACAUCAGCAAGGACAUGUUGAAGGAAGCUCAACUGAUGUAUCCUAAAAACCAGCAUUUGCAGAGCCUCAAAACCAAAUCUCUGGACACAGCCCAGGCCCUUCAGAGCUACCUUUACUGCAAUAUUUCACAGGGACAAGAAUCUUCUGACAGGGCCAGAGACAAUUCCUCAGAUGUGGCAAGGUGCUUGUGUGAAAUGCGGACCUCGGCUGUCUCCCUCUUUCAGCUCAACCAGGCUCUGCAGCAGCUUCACUCGUCUCUGUCUCUCUCUCUCAGAGGAAAAGCUGAUGACUGCAGCGUUGUUGCCGUCCAGUCCUCUUCCAGGGUAAUUGAUGACAUCAUUAGCGGCCUGCCGAGAAAAGCGGGCCCUGGAACUGGAGGGGUGGCGGGACUCCAGCUCCCCUGCGUCCAGAGCAUCAUGGUCGCUCGCGACGACGUCCACGCAGCCCUGCAUUCCUUGGCUUCGGCGAUAAAGAGCGGCAGGGCCAGGUCCAGGGGCUCGGCAGGCAGUGUGGGCUCGAGGAGGUCAUCGGAGGAGUGUAACACAACUGUAGGGAGUAACUCCUCUCACGCCUCCCUGCCGCCCAGAAACAGGACAGUGCCUAAGAUAGUCUACAGUAUCACAGGGCCCGAGUCUGCCUUUAAGGAUGCCCGGUGGGUGUGAGCUGCUUUGAGCUCCUGGUUGGUGAAGAGGCAUUAGGAUAUUUGGAUGUAUAUGUUGUUAAUAAUCUGAUAGGAAAAAUGCUGAUUAACAGCCAUACUUGCUUACCUGUACGAGGAUGGUCAGUUAUUUAAAAGCACUACUUUUUUUCUUGAAUGUCACAGCUGUACACAUUUUUUUGAAGCCAAAUUUUGCUAAGUCAAGGACUGUAUUAUUUGCAUGAAGGACUGGGGACAAUUUUACCCAGUGCAAAAUGUGGCUAAUUUUAAAAUACGGAUAUAUUGAUAGAUUAUUAAAUUGUAACAUACUUAUUUUGUUUUGAAAGCAUUAGGUGUUGUAUGGAGCUGUAGAUUUUGUAUAACAUAACAAAUUGAAGACUUUGUAUGAAAAUAUUUGUAUUUUUGCACUUGACCUAUUGCACCGCCCAUACACACACCCUUCCGUUAUACUGUAAGAAAAAUAAUGCCUUUUAUUUUGUAUGAAAACUCACUUUGUCCUGGCAAAUCAUGUAACAUUGGUGUUUCAAUAUUAAAUGUAUAUGCUUGUAUUGUCA